AUGGUUUUGGUAGCAGUUUUUGGAACAGUUGUGAGGUUCCAACCUGUCAUUGGCAGCUUUGGGCUUUGUGCUCAUUCUAAUACAUCCUCACUUCGGGAAAUUGUGUUUCUCUUUGCCAGUUUGUCUCUACACUUUGGUUGGGAGAUUUCAGGGACCUCUAGAAGAUGCAAAAAUGCACUAUGGAGUGCCCUCCCUGCUCCAGGGAGACUUUGGAAUGACCUGGUGUUUGCACUUGUCCUAUUUGUGACUGACUGCUUUUCCACAGGGCCCAGAGACGCACAUUUUGUUUGGAAAAAAAAUGGGCACAAAAUGGCAAACUGUGUGAAUGAGCGGACCCAUGCGCUGUCCAAUGGGCGCAUGCAUCUCUUAAGCUGGGUGAAAGAUGCUAUAGCACAAGAUUCAGAAUACUGCUGCCUACUGAUCUCAGAAUCGGGGAACAAAGCAUCUACCUCUUCUAUUACUGUAGAAGGUAGCAACUAUCAAGACACCUGGUCAAGAGAGUUUGCUAGCUGGAGAAGUGUUAUUGGUGAGCAUGAGAAAAUGUUGGAAAAUUGGAAAAACACAUUGGUAGGUGUUAUAUAUGGGCCAGGUAGAGCCGCAUUUUGUUUAGAUGAAUGCAGGACAUUUCAAUUUGGCAGGUUACCUAGAAGAAAUAGGCAGAACUGUGUUAGUUUGUACAGAACUGUUAGCAUUUUAGCAAUGAAACAAAAACAUUACAAUGCCACAAAGUUCUUUACAAUAUUUGGGUGGGUCAGCUACCACUUCUAAAUUCAUAUUAGUUGGUUUGAAACCUGGCAAACCAACCUGUAACUUUUCUCAGUUGCCACAUUUGCUUCUAGCAACCUUGAAUUGAGCCAAGAUUUUGGAUGUUUUUCCACAUCCAGAUGAUCUUUUUUGUGCUCCCAUGAUUCACACCUAGACAGUCCACUGCAUUCAUAUUGACAAAAGCAGCAAAUGCACUGAAGAAACCCCACCUUAAAUUAGCUCAAUUUUGUCAUAUACUCCUUAUUCCAGAAUGCACACAGAAUUAAUUCAAACAUAGCAGUCUAAUGACUCUAGUAAUUCAAGGUGCGGUUUAUGAAUUGCCUGAUUCUCUCAGUUCAUUGAGAAGUUGAGGUGAGCAUGCAAACUCUUAUUUCCAUGUAGAAAGUAAAAUUUAUUAUUAGUAAGCUCAGGGACAAACUUUUAAGUUUAAUAUUGUAUAUUGACACAACAGAAUUAAAAGGCCUUUUCUGGUUUAUAUUUAUUUAGGACAGUUGCAACAAAAAUGGCACAGUGUGAGAUGCUAAAAGUGUUUGUUGAAAAGGAAAGGAUACUAGCUCAGGUAUGACCCUCUGCAUCAGUCACUCUAGAGCAGAAGACAGCAGUGAAACUAGCCUCUGUUGCUUUACCAGCUGAUACAAACAAUGCACACUGAAGUGCUGCCAUCUGGUACUCUGUAAAUAUCCCCAUGUCAAGAAAAAAAAAAGAUAUUACAAGAUGUGUAUGACUGGAUUACCUGAUAUUCACAAAUCCCAUGACCAAUGACUUUGGCCUUUGCCUAUUCAACAGAACAAUUCCAGCUGGGCUAGCUGUAAAGUACAUGGAAUCUCACUAUACUAUUAAACACAUUUAUUACGGUAGUAUAAUUCAGUCAAGGUAGGUUCUUUCUCUUUUUAGCUGGUUACUUGCUGUGGUACCCUUUGAGAAAAAUGGAUUAUGCAUGCAAAUAACUUUUGAUAAAUUCAGUUAUUUCUUCAUAUGGAUUUUUGUAGCUAUAAUGUAGUGAUUCUGAAGCCUAAAAUGGUUGACCUGCUGUAUAUAUCUAUAAAUCAUGUCAUACAAAGCAGUUCUCUUUAAAAGCUAAAAGGUAUUCUGAUAUGCAGACUAAAGUAAGUGAAAACUCUUUAACUGCUACAACUAUACUAUACUUAAAGAUGGGCUAUGACUAGCUAAAGUUGCACGGUUAUCUUGCUCAGAGCUAGGUUAUGCCAAUUCAUAUGCAAAAUAGUUUCCUUCAGUUUACAGACAUCACUUGAAGUCUAAUAGGAGAGUUGUUGAAAGGAAACAUAUUGUACAAUCGGUCUUCUAUGAAUGUGUGGAAUAUAACCAUAUAUUUAAACCAAUUCAUCCAUUCAGUUCAAACAAGAUGGAAUCUGCUUCCCUAUAUUUUAAAUUUCUACUAGUAGAAUUCACAGAAUUCUUACAGAACAUGCAGAAAUUCAUAGCGCUACUGCAAGGUAAAUUACGAUAUUUCCAAUUAUCAGUGAACUUACCAAAUCAUUGAGGCACACAUGCUAGGCCCAUGUUGGAUUCCCUAGAUUAAGGUUAUAUAUUCUUCCAUUCCAUUUUUAAAACUACAUUACUUCAAUUCAUAGUGAACCCAUGGAAAAUUCACAAUUUUCUGCUAUAGAAUGGAGAAUUACAAUAAAUCUGGGCCAGAAAUGAUUACUUUCAUUUGCUAGGUAAUGUAGAAACCUGUUGACCAGAAAUAUAAUAAAAAGAACCACAGCUCUAGGCUAUCUUAUGUUAUCUUCAGUGUCAUAACACACAGCAGUGCACCAAAACAUGUUUAUUCUGACUUUAUUUUAUUAUAGAUCAGAGGUAGCUAACCCAUGGUCUCCAAAUCUUUUUUUGCAUCCACUAGAGCCUCUUCCAACCACAAUUGUUGAAAAUUAGUGGUGCAAUUUCCUGGCACAUUACAACAUAAAAACUGUUACUAAAACCCUGACACUUUUUUAAAUAAUAAAAAUAUAUUUUCAAAAGCUUGAUGAACAA